AUGGUUAUAAAUCCACGCGCCGGAACUGUUGUUAAUUCACGUUAUUCGUCUCCUGAUACCUCUUCAGCGAGUGAGCUUAUCUCGAGGCGGGGCGUGUUCUCGCGCAGACAGUAUGGCUCCGUUGAACAGUUGUCAGCGUCAGGCGAGAUCGGCGGAGCGAUAGAUACGGUGGUACGCCGCUAUCGCCUUGAAAAUGGAAACUCACUUGGCGAAAAGGAUGAACUUUUCGGCCCGCCCAGCGCUCCGGUACUUGAAAACCCAGAGUUCCAAACGCGCUGGUACUUCAAGUACUUUCUUGGCAAAAUGCACCAAAACUACAUCGGCGUCGACGGUGCAAGGGAACCAUACCUUCUCAGCGUGGUACAAGAGGGCGCCGGCCUUUUACGAGCAAUACUUUUCAAUAAAAUGGGUGCGCAUAAAAUUUACCUCCCAGCGAGUGCGUGGAGCGGCGGAGGAGGACAAGCGCCCACAAGACCUACCCUCAAGCAGAUACUAGCUCAGUUCACUGCCAUUGAAAGGAUCGACAAAAUGCCUAGAGAAAUUACGUGUCCAGAAUUACAAAAAGAUGUUUUGUUGCUGGAGGAACAAGAGGGUUCGGUGAAUUUUAAAAUAGGUGUUAUGAUAAUGAAGCCUGGGCAGAAGACGGAUGACGAAAUGCUUUCUAAUGAGAAAGGCAACGAGAAAUGGGAACGAUUUAUUUCACUUUUGGGUGACAAGAUUCGAUUAAGAGGAUGGAACCGAUUUCGAGGAGGCCUAGAUGUCAAAGGUGACAUGACUGGGAGCCACUCGAUAUACACAAUGCACCAGGGACAUGAGAUAAUGUUCCACGUGUCUACCAUGCUGCCCUUCUCGAAGGACAACAAGCAACAGUUGGAGCGGAAACGUCACAUCGGAAACGAUAUUGUCAAUAUAGUCUUCACAGAAGACUCCGUUCAUAACACCUUCAACCCGCAGUAUGUGAAGAGCCAUUUUACCCAUGUAUUCGCGGUAGUGUCAGAAGUGGAAGGCGAAGGGUACAGGUUGAGCGUGUACACGGAUGACACCGUGCCUCCGUUCGGGCCGUCGCUACCAUGUCCUCCAAUUUUCAACGAUUCACAGCUGUUCAGGGAAUUUUUGCUAGUAAAACUAAUGAAUGGGGAAAAAGCUGCUUUUCAAACUCCGACUUUUGCGUUAAAGCGACAGCGAACUUUAGACACUCUUAUACGAGACAUAUACGCAGAACAUUGCUCUGAUCACAAAGUGCCCAUGCUUUCUCGACGUGCUCUGUCUGAUGUAUGGUCGGGCGGCGCAGGCGCAGGCGGCGCGGGAGCUGCCCGCACUGAACGCUUUUUGCACGUAGGGCAGGCUUUGAAACUAGAUGCUGUGUUAAGAGGUGAUGCUCCCACUAGCUUAGUGUCAACGGGUUGUGGAGGCUCACGCCGCGCUCCAUGGGAAGGAAGGCUUUGGCGCGCUGCUCCAUUACCCGCUACACCGAUAUGUGCAGAGCAGUUAGCUGAAGGUCGACUUUUACUGUCAACAACAUCAAAUACGUACAUACUAGAAGAAAGCGGUACAACAAAAGUAGUACUACGAUGGGAAGGCUGUGUGCGUUCAGCGCGAGUAACAGAACGCGCUGGAAUAUUUCGGGUGGGCCCUCGGGUGAUAGCGGGGGGAGGGUCCACAACAGGGGGCGCGGGGGGAGCGGGGGUGUACGCGCUGCCGCUGCCGGAACUAGCCGCUGGCGCUUGGGCUAUGCGCCCCCUACAAGACUGUAAGCACGCGAGGCUUCCGAGAACUAAGACUGCACAUUUCUUCGACAUAUUGGAGCAAGGUGAAAAUGGAAAGACUUUACUAGCUAUAGCUAUAGGAAGAAGAGUACUCUUGCUCUCAGAAGAACUCAACGCUGAUAAUGAUAUGGGUUUUGAAUAUAUACAUAUUAAGGACAUCCAGUUAAGUGAAUCCCCUAUAUUAAUAAAGCUAAUGGACGGUGAGUUUGGAAUAAUGGUUGUCGGCUACAAGCACCAUUGGGAGUUGCUGGAGCUCAAUACAGCGCAGACUAUUAAAAGGGCAGAAGGGUCGGAUGACAGCCCGCCGCGUCGCGGUGCUCUCGUCAACGCGCUGCGCAUCGGGGAUGAACGAGACGGACAAAUCAUUUUAUGCUACAAUCAUACGUGUCAUUUCGAACGGUUAACGAGUAAAGGCCUAGAAAGCGACAGCGAAUAUGAUUUUCACUGGACCACUGUUCCUACUGCUGUAGUAUGUGCUUUCCCAUACAUAAUGGCAUUUGCGGAGGAUUUGCUGGAAAUACGGCUAGUGGCUAACGGGUCCCUCGUACACGCUGCUUGCAUACCAGGACUAAAGAUACUUUGCGGACGACGAGAUAUAUUUUACGUAGCAUGUGCACCAGAGUAUGUACCUUUAAGCCGUGAGAUUGAUCCCUGCUUCGCGCUGCAUGACAAUUACGAGCUCGUCCGACAGAUGAGCAAGUGUGGACCAUACUCCGUCGAAGAUGAUGAUGGAAAUGAGAAAACAGAUCAAAGCAACAGCCGCACUCCAGACUACAACUCGGGUUCAAGUCGAAGCAGUUCGAUAUCGUCGGAGCAAGAGAACAUCCGCCCGCCCCUGACGCGAAUGACGCCUAUUUCCCCGCCGACCUCUCCACAAGUACCAGAGAACAGCGGGCGCUGCGUGCGCAUAUACAAGGUCCCACAAAGCAAUCUCAGCGCCGCUGCCUACCAGCGACAGUCUGUCUCCGCUGACCACGUCGUCACAGACUACUUUUCUGAUAGACCAAACAGUAUAAAGCAAAGACUGGCAGAAUUAAGACUGGACAGCAAAUCAAGAGGAGGUGGCGACAACGAGUCCAUAGAGAUCACCAAUUACCAGCCGUCGAUGCCC